AUGAGACUUUUCAUUAUCCUGUUUGCACUAACCGCCUUCACAAUGGCCGAAGCCAGUCCAGACCUGGAAGUGAGAGCUGGAUGCUCCCAGAAGGGGAAAUACUGCAACGGCGGCACAUUCCUGUGCUGUCCAGGACAAGGAAGUUGUAAAGGAAACGUUGUAAGUGUGCCUCGGCUCUUUUUCUGGAACUAG